AUGUACUUCCUACCCAGCCCACCCAUCCAGUCCUACCCAGCCCCACCCCUACCCAGCCUCCAUCCAGUCCCAGCCCCUCCAUCCAGUCCUAUCCAGCCCCUCCAUCCAGUCCUACCCAGCCCCUCCAUCCAGUCCUACCCAGCCACUCCUCCAAUCCUACCCAGCCGCUCCCUCCUACCCAGCCUCUCCAUCCAGUCCUAUCCAGCCCCUCCAUCCAGUCCUACCCAGCCCACCCAUCCAGUCCUAUCCAGCCCCUCCCUCCUACCCAGCCCCUCCAUCCAGUCCUACCCAGCCACUCCCUCCAGUCCUACCCAGCCGCUCUCUCCAGUCCUAUCCAGCCCCUCCAUCCAGUCCUACCCAGCCACUCCCUCCAGUCCUACCCAGCCGCUCCCUCCAGUCCUAUCCAGCCACUCCCUCCAGUCCUACCCAGCCCCUCCAUCCAGUCCUAUCCAGCCCCUCCAUCCAGUCAUAUCCAGCCCCUCCAUCCAGUCCUACCCAGCCCCUCCAUCCAGUCCUACCCAGCCCCUCCAUCCAGUCCUAUCCAGCCCCUCCAUCCAGUCCUAUCCAGCCCCUCCAUCCAGUCCUAUCCAGCCCCUCCAUCCAGUCCUAUCCAGCCCCUCCAUCCAGUCCUAUCCACCCCCUACAUCCAGUCCUACCCAGCCCACCCAUCCAGUCCUACCCAGCCCCUCCAUCCAGUCCUAUCCAGCCCCUCCAUCCAGUCCUAUCCAGCCCCUCCAUCCAGUCCUACCCAGCCCCUCCAUCCAGUCCUAUCCAGCCCCUCCAUCCAGUCCUAUCCAGCCCCUCCAUCCAGUCCUAUCCACCCCCUACAUCCAGUCCUACCCAGCCCACCCAUCCAGUCCUACCCAGCCCACCCAUCCAGUCCUACCCAGCCCACCCAUCCAGUCCUACCCAGCCCACCCAUCCAGUCCUACCCAGCCCCUCCAUCCAGUCCUACCCAGCCCACCCAUCCAGUCCUACCCAGCCCCUCCAUCCAGUCCUACCCAGCCCCCCCAUCCAGUCCUACCCAGCCCACCCAUCCAGUCCUACCCAGCCCACCCAUCCAGUCCUACCCAGCCCACCCAUCCAGUCCUACCCAGCCCCUCCAUCCAGUCCUACCCAGCCCACCCAUCCAGUCCUACCCAGCCCACCCAUCCAGUCCUACCCAGCCCCUCCAUCCAGUCCUCCCAGCCCCUCCAUCCAGUCCUACCCAGCCCACCCAUCCAGUCCUACCCAGCCCACCCAUCCAGUCCUACCCAGCCCCUCCAUCCAGUCCUACCCAGCCCCUCCAUCCAGUCCUACCCAGCCCACCCAUCCAGUCCUACCCAGCCCACCCAUCCAGUCCUACCCAGCCCCUCCAUCCAGUCCUACCCAGCCCCUCCAUCCAGUCCUACCCAGCCCACCCAUCCAGUCCUACACAGCCCACCCAUCCAGUCCUACCCAGCCCCUCCAUCCAGUCCUACCCAGCCCACCCAUCCAGUCCUACCCAGCCCCUCCAUCCAGUCCUACCCAGCCCCUCCAUCCAGUCCUACCCAGCCCACCCAUCCAGUCCUACCCAGCCCCUCCAUCCAGUCCUACCCAGCCCACCCAUCCAGUCCUACCCACCCCCUCCAUCCAGUCCUACCCAGCCCCCCCAUCCAGUCCUACCCAGCCCACCCAUCCAGUCCUACCCAGCCCCUCCCUCCAGUGACCUGUGCUUUUGUGAACGUUACUCUGUAACCCUUGUUGGUUGAAAGAUAUUUUGUCCAAUGUUAGUGACGCACAUGUGUAAUACCUUCCAAAAUAAAUCUGACCAUCUGUAUACUUAUUUUACCUGAUACCUUGGUCAAAGUGUGUGUUCACUUGAGCUGACAAAGUGCUAAAGGAAUCAGCAGUUAUUUUCUUCACAGAGCUAAAACAACAUGUAAUAAGGUAUUUUGUACUAUUGACCAAGCAGUGUUAAAAAGGCAACUUGUUACUGUGUCUACUCCAGAUGAAAACUACUGUCAAAUGUUUCCAUUUCUGUUAUUUCCUUUUGGUGGGGCAGAGUUUCCUCAGUAUUGGCAAUGUGCUGGCAUCAAAUUAUAUCGGUUUAUAUCUACAGUGUAAUGAGAUCCCACCAAAGUACAUUCUAAAUGUUUUCUUGUUGCUUUAAUACUGGAACAAUUUAAGUGAAUAAAAGUUUUA